AUGAGUCACAACAAUGUUUUUGUGUUCAACAAAAUUUCACCAUCUUCUUCUUCAACAGGGUCAGGUAAAGGUGAUAGCCAGGCUGAAUCCAUGCCACUGGGGACACUGCCACGAUUCCUAAUUGAACCGGAGGAUUCAUACAUAGUGAAGAGCAAUCCCAUUAAGCUGCGCUGCAAAGCGAUGCCAGCCAUGCAGAUCUUCUUCAAGUGCAAUGGAGACUGGGUCCAUCAGAAAGAACACAUGCUUGAGGAACAUGUGGACGAGCACACAGGCCUGAGUGUUCGGGAGGUCCUCAUCAAUGUUUCUCGGCAGCAAGUGGAAGAUUUUCACGGUCCAGAGGAUUACUGGUGUCUUUGCGUAGCUUGGAGUCAACAGGGAACAACGAAAAGCAGAAAAGCUACGGUCCGAAUUGCGUAUUUAAGGAAAAAUUUUGAACAAGACCCCCAGGCAAAAGAGGUUCCUCUAGAAGGGAAGAUCAUUUUACACUGUCGUCCCCCCGAGGGAGUGCCUUCUGCCAAGGUUGAAUGGCUGAAGAAUGAGGAGCCGAUUGAUCCAAAGCGUGAGCCGAACAUUUACAGCACCGCAGAGCAUGAUCUCAUCAUUGAGCAAGCGCAUCUCUCUGACUCGGGCAACUACACCUGUGUCGCUACAAAUGUGGUUGCCAAACGACGCAGCACAGCUGCCACGCUGACCGUGUUUGUGAAUGGUGCCUGGUCAAUGUGGACAGAGUGGUCACCUUGUAGUGUCCGAUGUGGCAGAGGAUGGCAGAAACGAACACGGACCUGCACCAACCCAGCCCCGCUAAAUGGGGGAGCCUUUUGCGAAGGGACUUCAGUUCAGAAAAUCGUCUGCUCCUCCCUCUGCCCAGUGGAUGGUGCCUGGGAACCCUGGAACGUGUGGUCACCCUGCUCCUCCGAGUGUGAACACCAAAGAGUCCGUGCAUGCGUGGCUCCUGAACCGAGGUAUGGCGGAAAAUUCUGCGAGGGGCUGAGCCAGGAGUCUAAGAACUGCACCGAGGGACUCUGCAUUCAAAGCCAGACACCUCUGCAGGAAGUACAGCCUCAAAGUAUUGAAACCAACAGCGAUGUGGCUCUAUACUCUGGUCUUGGCGCAGCAGUGAUAGCCGUCGCAGUGCUUGUGGUGGGCAUCACAUUAUAUCGAAGAAGUCAAAGUGAAUAUGGUGUUGAUGUUAUUGACUCUUCGGCUCUGGCCGGGGGCUUUCAGUCCUUCAACUUCAAGACUGCCAGACAGGGCAAUUCUCUGCUUUUGAACCCAUCAAUACAGCCAGACCUGACGGUGAGCAGGACGUAUAGUGGACCAAUCUGCUUCCAGGACCCUGUGAACAAAGAACUCAUGACCCAGUCACCACUCUUUGACUCUCUGCCAGGGAUCAAAGUUAAAGUACAAAGUUCUUUAAUGGUGUCACUUGGAGUUGCCGAUGGAGUGGAGUAUCAUGGGAGGGUACCAUCCCGGACUUACCCUCGUAAUAGCAGAAGUGUUGACAAAAUACAUGCAAGAAGCAAUGCAUCAAGUUCUCAGCAUCUCUCUGCCGCAAUUACAAAGGCUGAAAACAGAACUUCCGGCAUAUUUGGGUGUCUGGGUGGAUGCCUGGAGGGACCAACGAAAGGAGUCCGUUUAUUGGUUCCACUGGGGGCAAUUCCAGAGGGAAAUUCUUGGGAAAUAUACAUUGCAGUCAAUCAAGGCGUAAACAGCCUGCAGCCAGAAGGAGCCGAGGUAAUCUUGAGUCCCGAGGUCACCUGUGGGCCACCAGGUCUGUCCUUGUCCAGUCCCAUUGCUCUGACUGUCCCUCACUGCGCAAUGGUAUGUUCAGAGCACUGGAGCAUAAAGCUGAAGAGACAGACACUGACAGGAAAGUGGGAGGAAGUGAUGUUGCUUGAAGACGAGACCACAUCCUGUUACUGCCUACUGGAUUCUCAUUCCUGUCACAUCCUCUUGGACCACCUUGGCACAUAUGCACUCGUGGGCGAGGCAGUCACGGAGUGUGCGGAGAAGAGACUGAAGCUUGCUGUCUUCGGGCGUCUGUCCUACAGCUCACUGGAGUACAAUUUCAGAGUGUAUUGCAUGGACGACAUUCCAAGUGUUUUGCAGGAAGUGAUGUAUGAGGAGAGAAACCAGGGUGGACAUCUAUUGGAUGAGCCCAGAACUUUACACUUCAAAGCAAACUCAUACGGCCUUCAAGUUUCUGUGCUUGACGUACCCCAGUUUCUGUGGAGAAUCAAACCACUGUCUGUAUUUCAGGAAUUUGCCUUUUCCCAUAUCUGGUGCAGGAACCAGCAGCCCCUGCCGUGUGCCUUUAGAGUGGAAAGAUUCAACUCAGCUACCACACACUUCUCCUGCAAGAUCUGCAUCCGGCAGCUGAAAGGCGAUGAGCAGAUCUUUCACCUCAGCACCUCCAUCCUUGAGGAUGAGAGAGAAGCUGUUCACUUCUGUGCACAAGCAGCAAGUGAUGUGGCCACGUUAGAAGGUCCCAAAGCAUUUAAGAUCCCAUAUUCCAUCAGACAGAAGAUCUGUUCCACCUUUGACGUUCCCAGUGCUUCGGGCAAAGACUGGCGGCUCUUAGCACAAAAACUACACAUAGACAGGAACCUGAGUUACUUUGCAGUUAAAAGCAGCCCUGCUGGUACAAUCUUGGACAUAUGGGAGGCACAGCAUCAAAAUGACAGAGACCUUGACUCUCUGGCCAGUGCUCUAGAGGAAAUAGGCAGGAUCCAGUGCCCUGCCUCAAUGACAGCUGAAGGCGACGGUGAUGAGUCAGACUACAACUACGGUGGAUGA